GCCAUGGAAAAAAAAGCCCGUGGUGUCCUCGCCUAUAGCCAGUCUGACAUCGACCACUGUUAAACUGCGCUGAUGUAAACUGUAUGUCAUUUUUGCUGCGUUUUAAGUUAGCGUAGACUGACCAGCGCCAAUCAGCUGGUGAUGGAGAAUACCGAGGAGUCUUCGCCCCUCCGGAUCACCCCUACUGUCCGGGCACUGAGCUCCGCACUGCGAGGAAAGCGUGAAAAUGUUUCCAAUUCCAGCCGGGAGAACGGGGACAGGAUCUUUCCCGAUCCGGAGAAGCUUUGGUUUAAGGAGAGUAGUGCUAAAAAUCUGCGAAACAGGGACUUCUUGUCACCGACCACGAUGCUCAACACGCUGUAUGCGGACGGACAGGUCCCUCCAGCAGUGAUGUCCAGGGUCCUGUCCCUCCAUGGCAGUGGGGUCCUCCCUGUGGCUGGUGGGGAGGUAAUGGGUGAGGGGUUGCGGGUGAGGGUGGACCGGGCUGCCGCCUUCAGGUCUGUCCUGGCAGGUGGAGCCAUGGAGUACCUGAAGCCGCCAAGUCAGAGACAAGGCUGCGUGGUGUUAAACUGCCCUGCACUGCACCCUAGACCUAAUACACUCACUCCUGAGACGCUGACUCUGGGUCAGUUGAGGACUGUUCUGUUGGCUGACCACAUGGGGGCGCUGUUGAGAAGACAGGGAUUUUCAGUGUCCUACUGCCCCACACUUCCCGAAGACAGCAACAUCAUCACCUUUCUUCGAGCUCUGGGCAUUGAUUGGCCAGCAGCUGAAGCCAACUGGACCAAUGAAGAAAGGGAGGAUAAGAUUCAGGCGGCACUGGAAAACUCUCCGUACAGACAGAGAGAAACAGAGAGAGGCAGAAGGACCAGUGGAGGAGGGAGGAAGAGGGAAGAGGAGGAGAAUGAAGGAGCACUUAGGGUCAACCUGAAACGAGUGUUCCAAGAGGAGGGUCUUCUGGGAUAUGACCCCAGCCUUGGGACUUGCACAGUACACAGAGACAGUGUUUCUCACCUCGCACAGCUGGACCUAGCCACAGCAGACUGCACAGUACCCAUGGCAACAGUGUUACAUGUGACUUCCUGUCAGGAUGAGUUCCGCCAGCAGCAGAUAGCAGUGUUGUGGAGAGCAAGUGGUGCAACACAUACACAGAGACAUCUGGUGUGUGGGCCUGUGAAAACUCCUGGUUCUCAGCUCACUGCUGCACAGUACCUGCAGCUCAGGAGGGGUCAGAUGAAGGAGGCCUCAGAGAUGAAGUAUGGAGAUCAAGUGGAAGGUCAAACAUGGGAAGACAUCAUCAGGGUCAUGACUUCCGCCACAGUCCGAUUUGAGCUGCUGUCGACAGUCCACACAAGUCCUGUGACACUGGAUGUCCAAAGAGAAGGUGGCGUAUCCACCAAAGGGCCAAGAGGGGGGGUAUUUGUGAUGUACAACUGUGCCAGACUGCACACUUUGUUUGACAGCUACGAGAGAGGAGUGGAGAAGGGUUUAUACCCAGAAAUCCCUGAAAGCUCCCAGCUAGACUUCUCUGCCUUGAAAGAAGAGGGUGAGUGGCUUCUCCUGUUUAACUAUCUCAUCCCAUUUUCUGAGCUGAUGGACCAAUCAGGACAAGCGUUAGACUGUGAAGGGGGAGGGGCCAGAGUCAACAUUAAGACCGAACAGAUCUGUAAAUUUCUUGUGUCACUCAGCAAAGACUUCAGCUCAUAUUACAACAGAGUCCACGUGUUGGGGGAGCCCUUGCCUCAUCUCUUUAACCAGAUGUUUUGUCGACUGUAUCUGUUGAGAGCAUUGAGAGAGCUCUACCACAGUGCUCUGGACACCCUUAACCUUCCCCCCAUCAGGCAGCUAUAGCCUUACAAAUCCUAAAACCACCUUACCAUACAUCUCACACAAAAUCACCCUUGUUUUGUGAUUGUAGCAUAUAACCCUGUAAACACUAUUUGUUUAUUUUUUUUUUUAUAAAAUGUCUAAUCAUCGUCCCCUCAAAAAUUUAGGACAGUCUGGGGCUGUUUUUUUCAAUUAUAAGAUAAUUUCACAUUCUUUAACUAUGUAGUUUCAACAACCUUUUUCCUUAAAGCUAGAUUCAUUUGAAAUUAAAAUUUUAAAGAACCUUUUACCCAUAUAAAUCAUAAAAUAGGACCAAUUUCAUCUGAAAACUGGUUUCUCCUAUAAGCAUAAUAGGAAUCAGUGUUUUAUCAGCAGAUAGGAGCACUUCGUGGUGUUUUAACCAACAUAGAUGGCAUUGUUUCUGCUGUUAAAGCCCUAAUUUACCUUUUGUUAACUUUACUCUAAUCAUAUGAAGACACAGUACAUUAAUCACUUUCAAUCUAAUGACCAAAACUCAACCUGACUCAAGCUUUGUAUUAUGAAUGCGGUGCCAAAUUAAGCAAGUAGUUCCCUUUUAAAACGAAAUAAGACUUUGUCAGUAUGUUAUUAUUAUCAAAGCAUCCCCCUACUUAUUGUCGCUAACAGUAUCUCCUUAUAGGACACAAAUAAAUGUGGUAGCCACUGCCAGACUAGUGUAACUCUUGUUUAACUGUUGAAUUCCAGUUUCCUGUAAGUUAUCCACUUUGUAAUUAUCAGUGCCAUACAAAUAUUUAUUGUCUGUUUAAAAAAAAGAAUUUUACAGAAUAUAUAUUCUGCCUUUAAGUCUUAAUGGCUGUGUUCAUAUAUUAUAAAGAGCGCUAGUCACAAUGAUCCUGCUUGACAAAUCGUAAAUCCACCGUAUCAAACAUGUACCAGUUGUAACAAAUGCUCAUAAGUUAUAGACAAAACCCAUUCAACUGCUCUUUUUAUGGAACCAUAAGGCUAAGAAAUGCAUGAAGUGGCAUGAAUAUAAUAUAUAAAGAGUCAAUGCCAAAAAUAUUAUUUAUGAUGUUGGUAGCAGAGAGGUUUGACCUAUACUGAUCGUUCAGUUUGAUUGAAAUGUUAUAUGUGUUGUCGUUUCAGAAGCCCACUGUCUGUCCAAAUGUGCCAUAGCCUCUUUUUAACCUUCUGCUUUGCUUUAUUUUGUUAUAAGUGUGUGGUUUAUUUUUUUGAGUGAAUAUGUCAUGUUGCAACAAAACAGUUAAUGUACACAAGUAUCAAAUGUCUUCACCUCUAAAUGCAUGAAAUGUUUUUAUAAAGCAAAUACCUUUACAACAUGCAAGUCUAUUUGAGUCUGUUUCCACAGCAUGAAAGACUGAAAGGGACUUUCAUUAUUUCCUUCUUUAUGCCAUUCCCUGUCUCACUGUAUUUAAAUAGACAUACUUUAUAUACAUUAACAUACUGUCUGUCUACUUGGAGUGUUUCUCUUUUGCCACAUUUUCACCCAUCAGGCCCCAACAUUUCUGACCUUUUUCUACAAUCUCCCAUCCAUUCCUCCUUCCUAUUUGCUAGCCUAACUGUGAUCUCCUGCCAAGCGCCUUUGUAUAGUUUUCUUCUGGACAGUAUUAUGUACACUUGCAUACAAAGCUUGUGAUAGCCAGUCCUCAUUUUUGGCAAAUGGUUUUGACAAAUCCUAAAUGAGGGAAUUCAGCAUGACUCUGAAAAAUAAACUACAUGACUUGAGUUUUUCUGUCUUUUGUUUCAGUGGUGAAAUUUGAAUGUUUUUUUCUUUUCUUUUUUAAAUGAUAUGCAUAAACAGACAACAGAUUGACCUACCAGACACUCUUUCCUACCCCACAUACAUCUCUAUCAUCAUGUGAAUGUAAAUAAUACUGUUGAACUCUGCCCUGCACACAUUGGUCUGCAUACAGCUGCUGUGUUUCCUGUCUGCAGAAUAAAAAAAGAACCGUUACACACUC